UACCAGAAAUUCUUCGCGUUUUUUGCGAAUGAAAACCUCCGGGAAAGUGUACGGUUUGUAGUGUAACAUUUGUCCCGCUGGCGUGUGUGAAUUCGUGUGUGCUAGUUAGUGAAAUUGUGUUAGAAAAGUGGUUUAAAUCGUCUCGGUUUUGUUUUGAUCCCAGCGAGCAAGUGUUUGUUUUGAUCGAUUUUUCCUGCCCGUGAGGAAUCCGGCCACGGACCAAGUCAGCACAACAAUGAGUAAGAUGACGAAAAACAAGCUAAAUCUAACGCUGCCGCCGGGUUCGGUGGACGUGACCGCGAGCCAGCAAACGACGCCGACGCCCUCGUUCAAAACGCCUUCCGGCACGGAGUACGUCAUCGGGAAGAACAACCUGCUCGGAAAGGCCAAGAACAGCAUCGAUGCGCUGACGGAGACGCUGGAGGAGCUGGAGAUCGACGAGAACGCCCGCAAGCGGAUAAAGGUGUUCUUGAGUCAGAAGGAGAAGAUUGGCGAGCUGAACGAUGACGAUCUGGAUAAGCUGGGUGAGUUGGGCUCGGGGAAUGGCGGAGUGGUCAUGAAGGUGCGCCACAUUCCGACCCAGCUGAUAAUGGCCCGCAAGUUGAUCCAUCUGGAGGUGAAGCCGGCGAUCAAGAAGCAAAUCAUCCGCGAGCUGAAGGUGCUGCACGACUGUAACUUUCCGCACAUUGUCGGCUUUUACGGGGCGUUCUACAGCGACGGGGAGAUCAGCAUCUGCAUGGAGUACAUGGACGGGGGCUCGUUGGAUCUGAUCCUGAAGCGCGCUGGUCGCAUUCCGGAGCAGAUCCUGGCGAAGAUAACCUGCGCCGUGCUGAAGGGACUGAGCUAUUUGCGCGAUAAGCACGCCAUCAUGCACCGGGACGUGAAGCCGAGCAACAUUCUGGUCAACAGCAGCGGGGAGAUAAAGAUUUGUGAUUUCGGCGUGUCGGGCCAGCUGAUCGAUUCGAUGGCGAACUCGUUCGUGGGCACGCGCAGCUACAUGUCGCCAGAACGCCUCCAGGGCACCCACUACUCGGUCCAGUCGGACAUCUGGUCCCUGGGCCUCUCCCUCGUCGAGAUGGCCAUCGGCAUGUACCCGAUCCCGCCGCCCGACGCCCGCACCCUCGAUCUCAUCUUCCAGGAGCGCCCCGAAGACAACUCGCCCGGCCAGAGCAGCCUGAUCGAGCCCAAGUCGAUGGCCAUCUUCGAGCUGCUCGACUACAUCGUCAACGAGCCACCGCCCAAGCUCGAGCACAACUCGUUCAGCGACCGGUUCAAGGACUUUGUCGACCGGUGCCUCCAGAAGAACCCCGAGGAGCGGGCCGACCUCAAGACGCUAAUUAACCACGACUGGAUCAAAAACAUUGAACAAGAGGACGUGGACAUUGCCGGCUGGGUGUGCAAAACGAUGGACCUGCUGCCGUCGACGCCGAAGCGGAACGCGUCGCCCAACUAAAAA